AUGGCGGCAUCACCAUUCUUCGUGGCCUCGGCAUGGAGCGCCACUACUUUUCGUUGGCUGGAUCCACUCUUUGCCACCGGGAACCGAAAGCCGCUCGAGCACUCCGACCUCGCAUCUCUCGGCGAAGUGAAUCUGGCGUCGGCGAGCUUGGACGCAUUCCAGAGGCAAAGACGCCGCCGCUGCGGCCCGGCGAUGAUCUCUUCCAGUCGCGGGCUGUCUCUAGCUUGGGUGUUGAUCCUGGCGCACUGGAAGCAAGUGAUGGUGACGGGCGGCCUCUCGCUGCUGCUGCUUCUCGUCUCGUUCGUCGGCCCCCUCUUGAUCGCCGACUUCGUGUCCCGGUCCCCGGCGGCCCGCGGAUACGCACUCGCGGCCGCCUUCAUGGCUGCUAAGCUCGCCACCAAUCUCCUGGAGCGGCAGCACAACUUUCGCAUCCAGGUGAUGGACCUCUGCGUCCAGUCGUCGCUCAAGGGGUUUGUGUUCUGGAAGGCGAUGGAGACGGGGGCGGCGGCGGCUCCAUCCAUCACCUUGGUGUCGUCGGACGUGCUCGAGGUGGGGGUCUUUUGCUGGCAUCUCCAUGACUUCUGGACGCUCCCGCUCCAGUUUAUCAUCGGGAUUCUGGUGCUCUACAGGGACGUGGGAGUCGCGGCCCUGGCCAGCUUUGUGUCGCUGGGAGUUUGCAUAGCGUGUAGCUUCCCGCUGGGAAAGAAGCAGGCAAGUUUCCAGGGGCGGGUCAUGAAAACCAAAGGCGCUCGCCUGAGAGCUACGUCCGAGGCGCUGAGGAGCAUGAGAACGCUCAAGCUCCACGGGUGGGAGACUAGCUUUCUCCGGGAGGUGGAGAAGCUUAGAGAUGGCGAGUACCAGGAGCUUCAGCGGUGUUUCUUUGUGCGAGCGCUGUCCAAGUUCGUGUUUAGAGUCACGCCCACGGUGAUGGCUGUCUUGACGCUAGUAAUGUCCGUCGUCAUCACCUCGUCUCGCCAUAGCUUGACGUCCGGAAAGCUUCUCUCCACGCUCGCGGUGUUCCGGCUCCUCCAGAACGUCCAGAGCAAGCUCCCGGGGUUUGCUUCUUCGGUGGUGGAUGUUUGGGUGUCGCUGGAUCGGCUGUCAGAGUUUUACCAACGCGAGGACGUGACUUUCCAACCCAAGCAGCUCAUGAGCGGUGGAAGAAACGCCAUCGAGAUAAGUCGAGGGGUGUUUAGCUGGGAUAGAAAUGCCGCCACCCCCACACUCGAUGCCGUCACUUUGGACGUGGUGGAGGGAAGCUUUGUAGUCGUCUCUGGAGGAGUUGGAUCGGGGAAGUCGAGCUUGCUCUCGUGCAUCCUCGGCCAGAUUCCAAAGCUUUCUGGAGAGGUGCGAGUGAGAGGCACCACAAGCUACACUUGCCAAUCAGCGUGGAUCCAGAACGCGACCAUCAAAGAGAACAUACUCUUUGACAGCGCCAUGGACAAGCCCAGGUACGAGAGGGUCAUUGCGGCAUGCCAGCUGAAGAAAGAUCUAGAGAUGCUAAGUCACGGCGACGGAACUCACAUUGGAGAUCGAGGAGUAAACCUGAGCGGAGGCCAGAAGCAACGGCUUCAGCUUGCAAGGGCCGUGUACAAAGACGCGGACAUUUAUCUCUUGGACGACCCCCUCAGCGCUCUGGACGUAAAAACCUCCAACUUGAUACUCAAGGAAUGCAUUCUCGGACUGCUGCAAAACAAGACAGUGUUGCUGGUAACUCAUUUUCAAGAGGCUGCCAAGCAAGCAGAUAAAACGAUCGUUCUACAGGAGGGAACAGUAAAGAUACUUGAUCAUCUGGUCGACAAGGGCUUUCCACAGAGCUCUCUUGACAAUUAUGCAGCGACCGAGCAGAAUCAAGGAGAGACAAGCAUAGUUUCGUCCAAGCAAGAAGGAAAGCUGGCCGAGGAGACACAAAGAGGGAGCGUUAGCGGGAAGAUAUACUGGGUUUACAUUACUUCUAUAUACGGAGGAGCCUUGGUUCCACUCAUACUUGCUUUCGAGGCUAUCCGCCAAGUUGGAUAG